AUGAAAAAUUUUGUUAUACCGUUUCAUCUUCAAGACUUACAAAAUUCAACGCCGUCUGCGACACAAUAUGUUGUUGAAGAAGUUUUCUCCAGUCGUAUGCUGCCGAUAAAACUACAAAAUGCAAAAAUUGCUUUUGCAAGAGAUGGAGGACUUGCAGUACUGGAAAACUUUGACGUGAUCUACAGCGUUGUUUCAAAAUUUAAUGAAAUAGACCCAGUUGUGAGACAACAGACAUGGGAAAUGUUACUCAAAACUUGCAAGUCUUACAGCAACUUCUUGGGGAAUAUUCUCUCUAGUGGAUCCUCAGGAGAUAAUCUUGCAUCACCAACUCUUGACCUUGACGCUCGAUUAAAUCACAAGAAUGCAUUGAAAAUGUUGAUUUAUCUGAUGGUACAAAUGACAGAAUUAUUUCAAGCUAAAUAUAAUCAAUCAACAGAGGCCUCAGCUUCUGUAAAUGCUGGCAAAAAGCGUGGAAAAGGAUCUAAAAAUAAGACAAGUACCAGUCAAGAGAUUCAGUGGACAAAUGAAUGUGAAAAAUUGGUCCGACUUCUGAUGACGUUUGUUGAUCUUGAUAUUCAUAGAUUAUGGGAUCCUGAACUUGUUGAAGAUGAUUUUAUAAAUUUGAUCUGUAAUAUUUGCUAUAAAAUACUGGAAAGCCAAGAGUUGUUUAAAACUGGAGAUGUAAAAGUUCCCAUAUUCCAUGUCCUUGGAUGCCUCAUCAAAAAAUUUGAUCAAUCAAUGAGUGCAAGUUUAAAGUUGGUUCAACUUCUACAACAUUUUCCACAUCUAUCGUCACCUCUAGCUGAAGCAGUUUCUUUAUGGCAAAAUACUUUCAAAUGCAAGACUAUUGUCUCAGGAGUUCUAAGAGAGAUCAGUCAUAUACCAGACCAAGAAUUUCUUCGAGAUACAGACAGUACGAGAAACAUCGGCACAUUCCUCGUAGACUUAACUAAAGGCAGUCCUUCCGCUGUACUUGCCAAUUUCAGUCUGAUGCUUGAUCGCAUGAAUGAAGAGUCAUAUGCCAUGAGAAACACAGUACUGAGUAUGAUGGGGGAAAUAGUUUUGAGAAAUUUAACUGGAGAAGAAUUGGAUGAGAAAGCCAAGUCCGUCAGGGAUCAAUUUCUAGACUACAUGUAUGAUCAUGCUAACCUGGAUCCAAACGCUUUCACAAGAUCAAAAUCUUUACAAAUUUGGAUAAGUCUCGUUAAAGAACAAGCAUUACCUAUCAAGAGGUAUCCUGAUCUUGUUGAGUUGUGCUCAAGCUUGCUUCUUGACAAAAGUAAUUUAGUUCGAAGAUUCACAACUCAAUUGUUGGAAACCAUUUUGAGAUUUAAUCCCUUUGCAUCUGAGCUUCCAAUUGAUGUGCUACAAGCUGGAUACAAUGAUGCAAAACUUAAAUUAGAACAAUUAAUAAAAGAAGAAGAAUCUGCAGGAAAAGAGAAAUCCGGUGACGCUCAAACAAGCCAAGAUGAUGAAACUGAGAAGAAUGAUGAGGAGGAUUCUGAGAAAACAGACACAAAUGAUGUGUUUGUGGAUGAAGUACCUGAAUCUAACAAUUCUCAAGAAGAAAAUAAAACCGAAAAUCCUGAAAUUACAAAACAAAAGGAAAUCGUCAACUACCUCUCAAAUUCUGUGAGGUUCGCUUGUCAGUUUCACACUUGUAUUCCUGUGCUUUGUGAGUUACUGAGGUCAAGAGUUCAUUCUGAUAUUAUCGAAACAAUCAGUUUCUUCACGGCUGCUUGUCAAUUUAAACUCAGUUCAGCAUUCAUAGGAGUAACUGCAAUGUUACAGCAAAUCUGGCAUGAGGAACCAAAAAUUCGCGAAGCCGUUGUUUCUGCAUACAAACAAUUGUACUUCACUCCAGAAGCAACUACUGCAAGAGCUCGAGCAAGUCUUAUAACGGACAGUCUGAUGACCUUGAUGUCGGUGUCAACCGAAGGUAAAAUCAAAUCAAUCGAAGCAUUACUCAAUCAUCUGAGUAAGAGCGGAGAUAUACCAGAUGGAGUAGCACAGAUUCUUUGGGAUCGAUUUACUAAACCAGAAUUGAACAAUAGUUCAUCUGUCAAUAUUCUGGGUUCAUACGAACAACAAAAACUUGCUGUUCAAUUGCUCGGAUUUUUGGCCGGAACGAAUCCAUCAAUCGUGAAGAAUAACAUCGAUGUUCUUGUCACUCAUGGAUUGAAAAAAGUUUUAUCUGAUUUUCCUGAAGAUAUUUCUCAUACAAUUGAUUAUUCUCUCGCUCUGUAUACAACGAGGACUCUUGCACAACUUCGUACAAAACAAGCUCUUGCAGGAAAAUAUAAAAAGUCGAUGAGGUUGCCACAAUCUCAUGAUAUCUUCACAUGCUUGCAACAAAUGAUUGUGAAAGGAUAUAAGUUUCAUUCGGACAACUGGGAACAUUUUACUUCAGAAACAAUAGCUUUGAUCUAUGAUUUAUCAGAAAAUCCAGAUAAGUUAUGCGAGACGAUCAUACAUGAAGUUCUGAGUAUUAUUUCUGAGAAUGCAAAUUGUGAUGAAAUAUUGAAGAAAGAAAUGUUGAUGACCAGAUUCUACUUGAUCUGUGGACAGAUCACAAUUAAACAACUUGUGUAUUUGGAGGUUUCUGUUCAAUCUGAAUUGAAGCAAAGAAGAAAACUGAAAGACGAGAAAGAACACGCAGAAAAAAAGAAGAAAGAAAAUCAAGAAAAGAAGAAAAAUAAAAGGAAAAGUUUAGGAGAUGCUAAAUCGGAGUCAAACUUAGAGGAAGACAUGGGUGUUGGUGGUGCCACGGCAGAUGACGUCGAGCAAGAAUUUAUCAGAAAUAUAACAGAAAACGAAUUACUCGCCAAAGAUAAUUUACUCGGACUUCUUGCACCAACACUCGUUCGUGCAUGUCUUGCUCCGAUUCAUGCAGAUCAACAAGGAGAAGUCGCAAUUCAAGCUACGGCUUCUCUUGCUUUAGCCAAAUACAUGCAAGUCAGCUCAAAAUUUUGCGAAGAUCAUCUCCAGCUUCUGUUUACAUUGCUUGAAAAAAGUCCCCAUGAAGUUGUCAGAGCUAAUCUGGUUAUACCAAUAGGAGAUUUAUGUGUGAGGUUUCCAAAUCUUCUAGAACCAUGGACUGCGCAUUUGUACGCCAGACUUAAAGAUGAAUCACCACUUGUACGAAUCUACGCUGUGAAAGUUCUCUCCAAUUUGAUCUUGAAUGACAUGGUGAAAGUGAAAGGACAUGUUAGUGAGAUGGCAAGAUGUACUGUUGAUGAAAAUGAAAGAAUUUCGUCGCUUGUUAAAAAAUUCUUCCACGAACUUUCAACCAAGGGGAAUUCUAUAUACAACGUAAUGCCCGAUAUAAUCAGUCGAUUAUCAGAUCCAGAUGUCGGUGUACCGGAUGAUGAACAUUUCCAAACUAUCAUGAAAUUUCUAUUUUCCUUUAUUCAUAAAGACAAACAAUCUGAAAGUUUGGUUGAGAAGUUAUGUCAUAGAUUCAGUGCAACAAGGACUCGAAGACAGUGGCAAGAUCUUGCAUUCUGUUUGUCUUUGUUGUCGUAUUCUGAAAAAUCCAUUCGAAAAUUACAAGAAAAUUUCACUUGUUUUGCCGAUAAAUUAUUUGACGAACAAGUCUAUCAAUGUUUUGCAGGAAUUAUAAACAAGUCGAAAAAAAUCGCAAAACCGGAAGUAAAGGUUCAAGUAGAUGAGUUAGAGGUGUUAAUUGAUGAAUGUCACCAAAAAGGAGUUAGCGACGAUCAAACAGCUGCUAAAGCGGCAGCAGUUGUCAAGAAAUCAAGGAGGAUUUCAAGCAUACGAUCGCCAAGAAACGUUAUUGCAUGGCCCGCAAAAUCACCAUUGCCGAAAGAGGGGUUUCCUGGUGUUGCAGCAAAACCUGCUCAAACUGGACGCAAGAAACGAACAGUUCGAUCAUCUAGUGAAGAAGAGUCUGAUGAUGAUUUAAAUAGUUCUGGAGGUGAACAGGAAACUCAACAAAAUGCGGAAUCUCGACCUGCUAGAGUAACAAGAAGAGCAGUCAGAAGAUCAACAAGAACUGAGACGAGGGUUGUCAUCAAUUUUUCAAGCGAUGAUGAAGCUGAUGAUGACAAUGAGGAAAUAGAAGAUGAUGUCAAGGAAAAUAUUGCUGUUGUUGAACCACCUGCCGUAGAUCUGGAGGAAGCAUCAGAUAUAGAUAGUCAAAAUAGUACUCCGAUAAGAAGGAAGAAAACACCAAAGCGAAGAAUGACUCGCUCAAUGUUGCGUGCUUAAUAAUGUUGAAAAAUCAGUUGGUUUCGUUCAAAUCAAGAAGAAUUAAAAUUUGUACUAAACUGUAAAUGUAUAUAGAUAUUAUCAGGAAAUUAAUGGAAAGUAGAAAUUGAAAAAAAAAAUAUUUAUCUGUAUAUUGGUUUUGUUCACCAUAUGUGUUUACUUAUGACAAUCAUAAACUUAUUGUUGGUGCAUAGAGAAAAUUCCUAAAUCCAACCUAGUUGAUUCGGUACUCCUGUAGUAUGUGUACCAGGUUGGGCACAACCUGAACAUAGAAGUUGUACCAGGUCAGCGUUCAGGUUGUGCGCCAUCUUGGUGCACAUACUUCGGGAGUGACGGGGAAUGUCUUUGUUGGCCAAGUGGCCCCCUGCCCAUAGGCUUCUGUCCUUUUACUCAACCUGAUGUAAUGUAGGCGAACAAAAAUAGUUACCUCCAUAUUGGUACACAUACUUCUGGAGCGCCGUUGAUUCACUGCCAUUUUCAUUUUUUCACAAUUAGCUGCAUUUGAUACCUUCUUUAUAUUACUUGUUUAUCUAUAAUUUGUAUUUCAUUUUUCAAUCAGUCGCCAAACUCGUGCAUUUGUUUUUCUAAAUGUAUUACACAGAUAAUGAUUUAUU